UUUUUCUUUUAGUAAAUACUUUAUCCAACUAACCAUACAUUUUUGAUGGCAGCGUUGGGCCUUAAACACCUGUGUUAAACUGAUGAUGUUUGUCUGUAGCUUAUUUUUUAGUAAAUAUUUUUGUCUAUGUUGUUCUGCUAUAUUAUAAAAUUACUAAAUCUUUACAUUCUUCAGUAUUUUCCAUGAGCUCUAUAAAACGGUUCUAUUUAAUGGCACUCAAGUCUGUUCGCGGUCUCUGACAAAAAUCGGCAAACGGUCAAUCGAAUUGGCCGACGAACCGUUUCAAACGUAUUAAAUUUAAAUGACAUUGGCACUACUAUACCGGUGCUGUUGUUGUUUCUGUAAAAGCCUUGGGUGCGUUUUCACCGACCUUAAGAUUAAGCGGGGCACUUCCUGUUGUCGCCCGAAAUAAAUAUCAACGGUCCGGAUGAUCCUGCACGAUUCACAGCCAAGAUGUUGCGACAACUCACAGCUUUAGUCCUGCUCGGUCCCGGCAGUUUGUUGGCUUUCAAACAGUCGACCAGCCACCAGUCGAACCAACAGUCGGAGUACAGCAAAACAUCAUCUCACCAAAGCAAUCACGCCUACAGUCACAGCAGUCAAUCGUCUCACGGGCCUGGGUACAGCUACAGCUACAGCUAUCACACCGACCACGGAUCGCCUUACCUGACAGAGUAUGCUCCGUACUACCAUUCGUACAACUCGCCGCUGUUCAUCUCUCCACUCUUGCUAGACCUGGAACUGGACAGCGACCUUGACGACGACCUGGACUUCUACAUAGACACCGACCUGGACUUGGACUUGGACUUGGACUUCCCCGGAAUCGACUAUGGGUUAGGGUACAUCGGCAAGUACGGACACUGGUACAGGAUACCCAAGUACGGAUCGUCCAAACUGUACAGACACUACGGCGGGGACUUGUCACAUUACGGGGGAAACUACGGGUACAGCAGUUUGGGACUGUCCAAUUUCGGGUCGUCGUUGGACUUUUACAGAAGAUGAUAAUAUAAGAUUUUGACAAUUUCAAAAACCCGACCAACAACUAACAAUAUAUUAU